AUGAACAUUGAUGAUUUUCAUAGAGCACUUUUUGCAAUAGCAAAUGAAGGAACAAAAGCAAGGAUUGCACUUCCCAAUCAUGCUAAUAUAAUAACCGAAUAUGAAAUCGAACAGACACCUUUAUUUUCAAUGAAAACAUUGAAAAAAUAUAAAAACGAGUUAUAUUCAUUCAAAGGUGUAUCCUUAAGUAAUUCAGAUGACAGAAUUGGUAUUAUUUGGUGCUUCAAUAUUCUAAAAGUAUAUUUCAUAGAUCAUUAUCAAACUCUUGAACCUGUUACUCGUUUCGGUGAAUACUUUAUCUUUUAUAAAGAAAAAUAUGUAAUAACGAGAAGACUUAAAGAAGAAAAGCAAUCAGACAUUAUAGAAGACUUGCAUAUCGAUUCAAUUAUAAAUGCAGAGUCAAUUCCAAAAGAUAUCUUUACUCCAAUUAAUAAUCCAAAGAUAUCACAUAUUGCGGAAUAUAUGUCUAGUGUCAAAAUUAUCCGAUUCCUACCUUUUCCAACAUGCACUACUAUACAAAAGAUGCUUGUAGGAAGAGCUGUUCCAACAGGUGGAUUUAGCGACGAAGAAAAGAAGAAGAUCAUAUUUGUUGAAAUGGCUGCAUCUGUCCAUUAUAUCAACCUAAUCUUUCUUCCAGAAGUUUCUAUUCGUUUUGAAAUGGUAUUCGAUUUGAACAUUGUAUUGCUAGAGAAUACUAUCGAAAACAUCAAAAAAUACGCUUACAAUCCGAACAAAAUUGGACAAUUUUCCAAGGAUGCCUCAUUUGUCAAUCAAUAUAUUGAUGAUAAAGAUAUUGAUAUUGCUCAUCUAGUUCAUUCAGGAGUUAAUGAAGGAUCAACAAAUUUGAAGAUGUUAAAACCAUUUCAUCGAGAUAAAUACACUGGAAUUACAACUGACGAUUUUAUGAUUUUUGGUUACUUUGAGCACAUUUUUUGUCAUGAAAUUUCCCAUCAGCUUGGAGCACCUCACACUUGGACUUAUACAAAUCAACAAGAACAUCAACAGGAAGGAUCAGGAUUCAAGGGGAUGAAAAUAUUUUUAUUGCGGUUAACACUGCAGAUAUUACGAUCAAUUAAAUAA